UAUAGGACGUGCACUACUUGUUUCCUUCAAUUGCGUGAUAUGGUUAUGAUACUUCUAUUGUAUUGCGUUGCUCUGAGUCUGUCAGUUGCAUUCUGGAUAUCCAACUAUGUGAGCCUUUGGAUGUUUGGAAAUGUUUCAGACGUGUGCUCAGCCCCAAGAUGGAUCGCCGCCAUCAUCGUACCGAUCUUCAUCGCCCACCGGGGCUUGAAGAAGCGCAGUUUGGACAAGUCAGGAGUACUAGCAGGUCUGAUUGUUGGCUUUCUCCUCACCCUGGGAAACUGGACGUUCUUGGCAAUGCUGCUGACCUUCUUUUUAUCAUCGUCGAAGGCCACACGUUUUAGAAGCAAACAGAAGCAAAGGUUUGAGGACGAUUUUAAGGAAGGCGGUCAGCGCAACUGGCGACAGGUGUUCUGCAAUGGUGGCGCCGCCGCCCAGGCCGCCUGUCUGUACCUGAUCGAGUGCGGCUGCCGCGAGACGCCCGUCGACUUCCACGCCGACUUCCACGGCUCCGUGCUCAUGCUGGCCGUGCUCGGUUCGCUGGCCGCCGCCAACGCCGACACGUGGGCUUCCGAGCUGGGCACGGUGCUGGCCGGCCGGGGCCCGGUGCUCAUCACCACCCUGAAGCGGGUGCCCACAGGCACCAACGGCGGUGUGUCGCUGGCCGGCCUGCUGGCCAGCCUGCUGGGCGGCGCGCUGGUGGGCCUGGCGUGCUGGCUGACGCAGCUGGCGGUGCUGGGCAGCUGGACGCUGCACGGCCGGCCGCCGCAGUGGCCGCUGCUCACCGUCGGCCUGCUCUCCGGCCUGUUCGGCAGCCUGCUGGACUCGCUGCUCGGCGCCACGCUGCAGUACUCAGGUGUGACGGAGGAGGGCGUGGUGGUGGAGCGGCCGGGGCCGGGUGUGCGUCACAUCUGCGGCCGACCUGUCAUCGACAACCACUCCGUCAACCUGCUGAUGACCAUCGCCACCGGCUGCGUGGCCCCCGUCAUCGGCUACUGGAUCUGGCCGGCCGGUCGCUGACCCCAUCACCAGGGGACGCCAUUUGGCACUGGCGCUAGGUCGUAAGCGCCUGUCGACCGGAGGAUGAUACUAUGCUACAGGCUGGGGCAUCGGCUAAGGAUUUUUUGUAGAGCACGAUGUAGCUUGCUUUCUAGCAACUGGUAUUCUGGUGGGUCCGACGGACUCGGCAGUUAAGUUUGCGUGUUGGCGAAUUGUGGGUCGUCACAGCUGUAGUUAGGGCCGCCGUUGUCAUAGUAACGUCUUCCAUUGUGCCGCUUCCAGUCUGCCGGCAGCAUUGUACGUACUGUGGAGGAUCGCUGACGCUGGGCUACAGCGUUGCAGUCACUUGUCUUUUGUUGGGAGGGGCAUCUACUCGUGCCGAACCCAUGUGGCUCAAAAUAUAUUGUCUAGCAGCUGGAAUGAUAUUAUGUGCUCCAAACUUGACUAGGCGAAUCAUCCUCCUGCAUGCGUAAUUAUUUGCGUUCAAGACCUUGCGCGCCAAUGUACUGUGCCGUUCUUUACGAGAACGUGUCAAUUUACGUAUGUUGUUAAGUGCAUUUGCGAGGAACAUUAUACAUUAAGAUAAGACAAUACUGGUAGCCUUAUUCCAUUUAGAGUAACCAGGAGAAAGGAGAGAUAAAUGUAUUGAUAUUUUGGCUACAUGGCUUUAUCAAACCAA